AUGCCUCUCAAGAUCCCGCAACAACAAUACCAUUCUCAGAAUCCUUACCCAGCUACCGUCAUUCCCCCUGAAGUGGACUUUCGUCUAGCACAAAAACUUCAAGACGAAGAAUAUGUUCAAUGGAUAGAAAACAAUCAGCCUCAGGAUUCCACUCAUCAUCGUGCGGGCGAAUCGUCUGUCGGUUUUUGUAACCCAAGCGCACCGCCUUUACCCCCAAUACCCGAAAAUCUUCAAUAUAAUCAUUACCCAUCAUAUCAGAAUAAUUUAAGUCACUGUCACCACCAUCAAUCGGUAGUUUACGCCUCACCAAACCAACCGCCGUUACCGUACACCCAAUCAGCACCUUAUGCAAACGGCGGUGGUGGGAGUUGCACAGGUGGAAACAAUACUUACUAUGGAAGUUUGAACCAAGGUUAUUAUCCGUCGACGCAAUCUCAUCCGUUUUAUCACACACAAGUUCCACAUCAGCAUGUGAUGUAUCGAUCUGUGGAAGAAGAAGACAAUUCGUCUAGCUGCUUAACUGGAUUGUAUGAAAAAUUUAUUUCUAUCAUCUUGAUUUUUGCAGUAAUCAGUUUUGCGUCCAUGUCGCCGUUGCUUCUCUCUUGUGCUAUUGCUGUUCAAUUUUCGAGGAUUAAGGAAUGUGUGGUCCCGGAGACAUCGCACAACCUUACAUCGAACGCACAAUGGCUAUUAUAA